UAUUAAGAAUAUCGAAAGAGAGCUCAUUUGCCCAGCAUGCAAGGAGUUGUUUACCCACCCACUGAUUCUCCCUUGUCAACAUAGUAUCUGUCAUAAAUGUGUAAAAGAACUCUUAUUGACUCUUGAUGAUUCAUUCAAUGAAGUGGGAUCAGACAACUCCAAUCAGAGCAGUCCUCGACUUCGGCUUUCCUCCCCUAGCAUGGAUAAAAUUGACAGAAUUAGCAGACCAGGCUGGAAGCGCAAUUCAUUGACCCCUAAGACAACUACUUUCCCUUGCCCUGGCUGUGAACAUAAUGUGGAUCUUGGAGAACGAGGAAUCAAUGGUCUGUUUCGAAAUUUCACUUUGGAAACUAUUGUCGAGAGAUACCGGCAGGCAGCUAGGGCAGCCACAGCCAUUAUGUGUGACCUUUGUAAACCACCACCUCAAGAAUCCACCAAAAGUUGCAUGGAUUGUAGUGCAAGCUACUGCAAUGAAUGCUUCAAAAUUUAUCAUCCUUGGGGAACUGUAAAAGCUCAGCAUGAGUAUGUGGGUCCCACCACUAACUUUAGACCCAAGAUUUUAAUGUGCCCAGAACAUGAAACGGAGAGAAUAAACAUGUACUGUGAAUUAUGUAGGAGGCCAGUUUGUCAUCUCUGUAAGUUGGGUGGUAAUCAUUCCAACCACCGUGUAACCACUAUGAGCACUGCCUACAAAACCUUAAAGGAAAAACUUUCAAAGGAUAUUGAUUACCUUAUUGGUAAGGAGGGUCAGGUGAAGAGUCAAAUUUCUGAACUAAACUUGUUAAUGAAGGAGACAGAGUGCAAUGGAGAGAGGGCUAAAGAAGAAGCAAUUACACAUUUUGAAAAGCUGUUUGAAAUUCUAGAAGAGAGGAAAUCAUCUGUUCUGAGAGCAAUUGAUGCAUCUAAGAAACUAAGAUUGGACAAAUUUCAGACUCAAGUGGAAGAAUAUCAAGGACUUCUAGAGAACAAUGGGCUUGUGGGCUAUGCUCAGGAAGUGCUUAAGGAGACCGAUCAGUCUUGCUUUGUACAGACAGCGAAGCAGCUCCACCUAAGAAUACAUAAAGCUACAGAAUCUUUGAAGAGCUUUAGACCCGCAGCUCAGACAUCUUUUGAAGACUAUGUUGUUAACACAUCUAAACAAACAGAACUUCUUGGAGAAUUGUCAUUUUUCUCUAGUGGCAUAGAUGUGCCUGAAAUCAAUGAAGACCAGAGCAAAGUUUAUAACAAUGCCUUGAUAAAUUGGCACCACCCAGAAAAGGACAAAGCUGACAGCUAUGUUCUUGAGUAUCGGAAGAUUAAUAAAGAUGAAGAAAUGAUGCCGUGGAAUGAGAUAGAAGUGUGUGGCACAAGUAAAGUUGUCUCUGAUCUUGAGGAAAACUGUCACUAUGCUUUCAGAGUGAGAGCUUACAAGGGUUCCAUCUGUAGUCCCUGUAGCAGAGAACUGAUUCUUCAUACUCCUCCAGCUCCAGUUUUCAGUUUCCUGUUUGAUGAAAAAUGUGGCUAUAAUAACGAACACCUCCUGCUGAACUUGAAGAGAGACCGGGUAGAGAGUAGAGCUGGAUUUAAUAUUCUGCUGGCCGCGGAACGUAUCCAAGUGGGUUAUUACACAAGCUUAGACUAUAUCAUUGGAGACAUUGGAAUUACAAAAGGAAAACACUUUUGGGCCUUCCGUGUGGAGCCAUAUUCAUACUUGGUGAAAGUGGGAGUCGCUUCCAGCGAUAAACUACAAGAAUGGCUCCAUUCUCCCCGGGAUGCAGUUAGUCCAAGAUAUGAGCAAGACAGUGGGCAUGACAGCGGAAGUGAAGAUGCCUGUUUUGAUUCUUCACAACCUUUUACAUUAGUUACUUUAGGCAUGAAGAAAUUUUUUAUACCCAAGUCACCUACUUCUAAUGAACCUGAAAAUAGAGUUCUUCCUAUGCCAACAAGUAUAGGGAUUUUCCUGGACUAUGAUAAAGGCAGAGUGAGCUUCUAUGAUAUGGAUCAUAUGAAGUGCCUUUACGAGCGCCAGGUGGACUGUUCUCAUACGAUGUAUCCAGCAUUCGCAUUAAUGGGCAGUGGAGGAAUUCAGCUUGAAGAACCCAUCACAGCAAAGUACCUGGACUACCAUGAGGACAUGUAGUUGAAACAUCCAGUGUGACUGGGAUGGAAAAUGUUAAAAAGCAAUGCCUUGAUGUUAGCCUUUGUAACUAAUUAGACACCACCCAAGACUUGGUCACACAUUUGUUUGUAGUGCCUGAAUCUUCUUAAAAGACGGAAAACCUAAACAGUCUCGUGUCUUCCAUGUUACUUACUGUUCUGCCUUUCACAAACAACAGAGUGAAGGCAUUCUUUCCUGGCUAAUACUGAAUGGUUAACUUUGCAACUGAAUCAUAUUUCUCUUUAUGUAUAGGGAAUCUAAUUUAUUUAUAUCAGCUGGUAUUGCUAAUACUUACAUUCCUUUUUGGGGUGGUGGGGGAGGUGUACAACACUAUUAUGUUUUUUGUGUUUGCUGUUUCAUUUUUAUAUCAUGGUUAUGUCUUAAGAUAGUUUUAAAUGGUUGUGGGUAGAAAUGAGUAGUAAACAGUAUGUCUUACAUUUGAUUUUAAUAACAAAGUUAUAUAUAGAUAAAAAGGCCAUAAAAAUGGUAACAUAUUUAAGUGGAAAAUUAUAUAUUUCAAAGUGUAUUAAUUGUAUGUAGCCUGGAAAAUGAGCACUGCUGUUAUUUUUUUCCUUAAGACCACAGUGUAUUGAUCAGGACAUCUAAAAGAGUUCCUUUAGCUAUAAAUGCCCAUUAACUGGCAUGUGUAGUAAACAUGGUGUCUGAUAGAAAGCCAUGAAAUUUUUCACUCAUAUAAUUUUUUUUCAGAAAAAAAUUAUCUUGAGUUUUUCCUCACUGUCUGAAAAUAUUUGUGUUUACAUUAAAUAAUUACUUUUCAGAAAUAUUAGUUAAGAUGGACUGAUAUUGCCGUCAUGAUUCUUUUGUCCCUCCUAUUGUGUCUUGUGAUUUUCAUUUUUUGACACAACUAUACAUAUCAGGUUUUUCUGGUUUGUUAACAAGUUUGAAAAGUUUAUGAUAUGUUUUUAGUAGCAUUGAAUUAUAUUGCAAAAUGUGGAGUACUAAUUGUUCAUUUGUAUGGCAUUUUCUAUGGUUCAUUGGUAACAAGGAACUAAACCCAAAUUUAAUUGUUAAGGAAUACUAACUAAAAUCAUAAUGACUAUGUAUACCCUUUUAAAAUUUGCAUUCUUUUAAAUUGAAGAAUUACAUUUUCUCCCAAUUAGAUGUUAAUUUUUGAAAGAUGUUCUUUUAAAUAGGUGAUUUUUUAUUUAAACUGCCUAUUUUUUUUAAGUUAAAAUGUUUAGAAACUAAGACUGCUAAAUAUUUAGCACAGAUCACUUAUGGAAUGCUAUUGACAUAUUUUAAUGAAGUAACCAAAACUCCAUGGGAUCUAUUUUUUAUUUUUAUUUUUUAGUGGAAAUCUCUUAUUCAGGCUAGUAGCACUGCGUAAGUUCCUCUCAUCGCACCAAACUACAUAGAAAAUAUAGUGGAGAAUUUAAUAGUCUUUGUUACUUUCCCAUUAUGAAUAGCACUUUAUCUCAUAGGCUCAACUAAGAAAAUAUGCAGUGUUAUGUGGAUCACUGUGCAAUGAAGCUGCUGAAGUUGUACGUGCAGUUAAGUUUGACACUCUUAAGCCUUGUGUAAGCACAUAUCACGUAGGCAUUUUUAAAUAUAAAGCUUUAACAGGAAUAAGAAAGCUGUUUCAAACAUUGUAUAGUUAUAUGUAAAUUGUUCAACAGAAUUUCAUUUUUAAUAAAAAUUUAAAAAGUCAA